AUGUGCAGCGUGGUUUUGUGCUAGCAAGAAAAUACGUCUGAUUUACUGGAGAGAGUUUAAAUUAAGGAAUUUUCAUGUAAUACUAUUACUAAUAGUUUUUAGUCGGAUGUCUCAGUAGCGAUUCCCAGCCGGUAAUGAGAUUUGCAAGUUUUUGCGUCCUGUUGGCCCAGCUGGCAGUACCUCCAGUCUACUCUGUCCGCACGUUUGUGAGCUUCGGCCAUUCCCUCACUCUUCCCUGCCAUGGAGCCCCCAGCAGAGAUGUGGAUUGGUUGUUUCAGCAGGAAGAGAUUCCUGACUGGCUGCAUGUGGCCGAACUCCACUCCGGAGCCUUUUCCUCUGGAGACGGCUUCCAGGGACGGGUGGAAUCCUUCCACCUAACAGAGCCGGGAAACUACAGCCUCACCCUCAGUCCCGUGGUGUACAGUGACCUCGGCAUUUACAAAUGCCAGUACAAGGAUGAGACUGAGAUCCCUCUCUCAGAUGUGAAACUAGAAAUUAGAGUCCCAUCAAAUGUUUCCGUAGCGAUCGGAAUGUCCGCCAGCCUUUCUUGCUUUGGGAAAAUUAACACACAAGCACGUGCUGAUGAUCUGGAUAUCCUCUGGAUGAGAGGUGGAGAGAAAGUUUACCAGCUCCAUAAGAACACCAUCAUAUAUGGGCCCAGGUUCGAGAACAGAACUUCACUUUCCCCAGAACAAGCCCUCUAUGGAAACAUGUCUUUAACCAUCAGACAGGCACGGUUUUCAGAUGAAGGCGACUACCAGUGCUUCUACAGUACUCCAAAAGAGAGUGGGAAUCCAGAUUCUGCCAGUCUCUUUGUUACAGGCCACCCACCCCAGAACCUCACAGUGAAGGCCGGUGUUUUGCUCUCCAUUCCGCUCUAUGCCACAGACCCAGUGAGGGUAACAUUCAGUGCAGGCCUUGGUUCAGGUGAGGUGCUGAUGCUCGAUGCAAAUAAAGGCCCAGCCAGGUAUGGGGAGCGUUGUGCUCAGAGAUGUGAGCUUCUGGCCCAGAACUACACCCUUUUGCUGAGGAGUGUGACACUGGAGGAUGCCGGAGUCUACAAGGUGACCGAUCCUGAGACUAAGAAGACUAUCGGCUCAGUCUCUCUGCAUGUCUCAGCCCCUCUUCUCUCUGCUGGAGCAGUGGCUUGGAUAGUGCUGGGAGUGCUGGUGGUGGUGCUGCUGGUGUUGGGGGCCUUUGCUUUCUGGAAGUACCGCAAAAAGCGAGCAGAGCCUGUAGACCAGACCUGGGCAUUUUACGGCCCGCGGGCCGGAUGCGGCCCUUUGGUUGACUCUGACCGGCCCGCGUAAGGUUCAUAAGAAAUUACAAAAUAAACUUUUUUUUUUUUUUUUUCGUAUUUUCUUAUUACCUCAUACGUGGAUUAAAUGUGCAUGGCUUUUAUUUUAUUUUACGUAGUGCAUAGGGACGUAAGGUACGUACGUGAUGCGUGUUACCACAGAGCUGAAAAAACUGCUAAAAAAACUUUUCGGCUCUGUGCGUGUUACUGAAUGGACGUUAGCUGUCUCGACGACUUUCACCCCCAAAAUGUCAACUAAAAAAAGAAAGGUAGACGCUGAAUGCAGGGUUUUCAAGAAGACAUGGACUGCAAAGUAUUUGUUUACUGAAAUCAGAGGUAAAGCGGUGUGUUUGGUUUGCGGGAACCAGAUUGCAGUGUUAAAGGAUUACAAUUUGAGUCGGCAUUACGAGACGAAACAUUCAGAGACAUAUAAAAACUUGAAUAAUGCUGAUAUGGCGCGGAUAUCGGAAGAUUUGGUCGUUAAGCUACAAAAACAGCAAGGAUUUUUUACAAAGCUUCACACAUCCAGGGAUGCAGCAACCAGGACCAGCUUUGUAAUUUCCCACAAAAUCGCUAAAAACAGUAAGCCAUUCUCAGAGGGCGAGUUCGUAAAAGAGUGCUUGGUGGACUCUGCAGCCCUACUAUGUCCUGAAAAAAAGAAGCUUUUGAGCACGUCCCGCUGUCCAGGCGCACCGUGACAAGAAGGAUCGAGGACAUUGCGGUAAAUUUGGAACUUCAGCUGCAACGUGAUGUGGCAAAUUUUGACUUUUUCUCUUUGGCUUUGGACGAGAGCUGUGAUGUCCGUGACACAGCCCAGCUACUUGUAUUUGUCCGUGGGAUAACGGACUUCAAGAUUACAGAGGAGCUGGCAGCAAUGCGCUCAAUGAAAGGGACAACGACGGGGAGCGAUUUGUUCACGGAGGUAAAUGCAUGCAUGGACACGCUGGGACUGAAAUGGGACAGACUGACGGGUGUUACAACGGACGGUUGUCCAAAUUUAACAGGGAAAAAUGUCGGGCUGUUGAAACGUUUGCAAGAUAAAGUGACUGAAAACAACGCAGAUCAGAAAGUAGUAUUUUUGCAUUGUAUUUUACAUCAGCAUGUGUUGUGCAAGUCAGUGCUUAAAAUUGACAAUGUGAUUGAUGUUGUAACUAAAAUAGUUAACUUUAUUAGGGCACGAGCAUUGAAUCACAGGCAGUUUGUUGCACUUUUAGAGGAGCACGAGACAGAACAUGUUGAUAUCAGCUAUCACACAGCUGUGAGAUGGCUCAGUCUGGGUAAAGUGCUAAAAAGAGUCUGGGAUCUGAAAGCAGAAAUCCGAGAGUUUUGUGAAAAGAAAGGCAGAGACAUCCCAGAGCUCUCAGAUGAGAAGUGGAUGGCAGAUUUUGCAUUUGCUGUUGAUGUGACCGCACUGAUGACUGCACUGAACACCAAACUGCAAGGCAAGGGCCUUUUCAUCCAUGAAAUGCACAACCUAGUGAAGGCUUUCAUGACAAAGUUACAGUUUCUUUCGAGGCAACUGGAGAGCAACAAUCUUACUCACAUGCAAACCCUGAAAGAAGUCACACCAUCAGAUGAUAACCUCCGCAGGUACUCAUCCAUGUUAGGAGCACUGCAUGAUGAGUUUUCAAGGCGAUUUAAAGAUUUCAGAACAAUGGAGAGUGAAAUGCACUUGAUUUCCUCUCCAUUUACCUGCAAUGUGGAUGAUGUGCCUAGUGAUGUCCAGCUGGAACUCAUUGACCUGCAGUCUGAUGCAGUACUCACAGAGCACUUUAAGUCACAACCACUGCUGCAAUUCUACUCUUCUCUUAAGCAAGAGAAGUUUCCAAACAUGAGGAGACAUGCUCAGAAGAUGUUUGUUCUCUUUGGAUCUACCUACAUAUGUGAACAAACAUUCUCAGUGAUGAAGUUUAAUAAGUCCAGAUACAGAUCCUUUCUCACUGAUGAUCAUCUGUCAGCUGUGCUUCGCAUCUCAACCUCAAACAUUCACCCUGACUUUGAUGCACUUGUUAAAGACCAACAGAGACUAGAUUUCUCUCACUGAACAAGAAAAAACUGAAAAACGCAGAAUGAGUGACAAGUGAAAAUGUUUUAACUACAAAUGUAGGCAUCAUUAUUUUUCUAAUAUGAUGUAUCUUACUGAAUUUGGCUGAAAAUGGUCACUAAUGUAAUGAAUCAAAAACUGUUCAAAUGUUCACAUUUUGUUAACCAUUAUUUUAGGAAAUUUUAUUGAGUAAAUGUCAUUUUUCCUAAGA